CCGUGUUUACCCGGCGCACCGGGCACCAGCAAAGCCGGCGCUAUAAGGGCGCGGCGGGCGCGCCGCCGGGCAGAGCCGCAGGGGAAGAUGCCGCGCUGCGACACGGGCGGCGCGGCGCGGGACAGCACCUGGGGACAGGUGAGCUCCGGUGCGGCGGCGAGCGGGGCGUACCCGAAGCGAGUGAAGGUGGUGGAGGUGGGACCCCGCGACGGGCUCCAGAACGAGAAGAAUCUUGUGCCCACCCCAGUGAAGAUCAAUUUAAUCAACAUGCUGUCAGAGACAGGGCUGCAGGUCAUAGAGGCCACCAGCUUCGUGUCCCCCAAGUGGGUUCCUCAGAUGGCUGAUCACACCGAGGUCCUGCAGGGCAUCAAGAAAUCACCUGGGAUCAGCUACCCUGUGCUCACCCCAAACCUCAGGGGCUUCCAGGCAGCGGUGGCAGCAGGGGCCAAAGAGGUGUCGAUCUUUGGGGCAGCAUCUGAGCUCUUCACCCAGAAAAACAUCAACUGCUCCAUCGAGGAGAGCCUGGAGAGGUUUGAAGAGGUCAUGAGGGCAGCAAAGGAAGCCAGCAUUCCUGUCAGGGGAUACGUUUCCUGUGUCCUUGGAUGUCCCUAUGAAGGGAAGAUUUCUGCUGCUAAAGUUGCAGAGGUCUCCAAGAAGAUGUACUCCAUGGGGUGCUACGAGAUCUCCCUGGGGGACACCAUCGGCGUGGGCACCCCGGGCAGCAUGAGGGAGAUGCUGGCAGUGGUGAUGAAGGAGGUGCCCGUGGGGGCCCUGGCUGUUCACUGCCACGACACCUACGGCCAGGCCCUGGCCAACAUCCUGGUGGCCCUGCAGAUGGGGGUGAGCGUGGUGGACGCCUCUGUGGCCGGCCUUGGGGGGUGUCCCUAUGCCCAGGGAGCCUCUGGGAACGUGGCCACAGAGGAUUUGGUGUACAUGCUCAACGGGCUGGGCAUCCACACGGGGGUGGAUCUCCAGAAGCUGAUGGACACAGGCACCUUCAUCUGCAAUGCCCUGAACAGAAAAACCAAUUCCAAGGUGUCUCAGGCCUGCUGCAGACUGUGACCCUGCGUGGGAUUUCUCCUUGGAUCAAGAAAUCAAGCAUCCAGCCCUGGCUGGGAUUCCUCUCUGGCCUGCCGAGCUCCUUCCUGGCUCAGCAUUUGAGAGGAAGCUCAAAAUCCACCAGAAUUAGGAAGAAGCGAGAGAAUAUUCUGUAAUAUUUUGUUAUACUGGACCUUGAGGCUGCCCCCAUGUGCCUUGGAGAGGGGAGGACGUGGAGGGGCAGAGGAGAGCCCUGAGCAGAGCAGCAGCUCCUGCCUGCAGGGCCAAGGACAAGCAGAGCUUUUGCAGUUGGAGCACAGCUCCAGCUCAGUCCCUUCCCUCCCUCUCUUCCCUCCACAACAGCCAAAGGCUGAGCCCAAAGCUCCCCUGGUGCUCCCCUGGGGCCUCCUCAGGGCUGUGCUGCUGCACUGUGUAUCUGUUGUAAGAUACCCUGGCACACCAAGAGUAAUAAACACAUUGUUUAAUAGUCUAAA